ACCCACCAGCUACAGCCUUACCUUCUUGGAGAUCCGCCAUUAUGUUAUGAAAGCGCCAUGUGGGCGCCCAACGCUAGGGCUCUGUUGUUGGCUGUAAAGACAGCACACAGCAUGCCAUCAUGUCCCAGCUGCAGAGGAUAGAAGAGUGGCAUGGAUUUAAUUCAUUUUCAAGGCAAAGUCCCAGCUACAGUUAGCAAAAACUGUUUGUGUAUGCUAACCACUUCCAACCUCAGUCAGUACAAGGCAGGAGUAGUCGGGAGACUUUUUCUAAAUGGAGGUGAACUUGCAACGUAGCGUGUAAUACCUGCAGAUGAUGUGGUGUGUUUCUGUAUGUUGCUGAUUGGACGAGUGUCUCCAGCAGAGUUAACCUGUGAGACGCUGAUUCUGCUGUCGACAAACUUGACAGCGAGGAUGUUGGCAGUACUGAUGAACCAGACGUUCACCAUCAGUAACAGCUCCGGUGUGUUCUGUGAGCUGUCUGUGGAUGGGAUCGGUACCUGCUGGCCUCGCAGUGCAGCAGGUGAGCUCAUCUCCAGACCCUGUCCUGAACAGUUCAACGGCAUCCACUACAACACCACCAACCGGGUGUACAGAGAUUGUCAGUUGAAUGGCAGCUGGGCUCCUCGAGGAAACUACAGUCAGUGCACCGAGAUCAUCGUCCUGAGGAAGAGUAAAGUUCAUUAUCAGGUUGCUGUCAUCAUCAACUACCUGGGUCACUGCAUCUCUCUGGGAGCUCUGCUGCUUGCCUUCACACUCUUCAUGAGACUCAGGAGUAUUCGCUGUCUGAGGAACAUCAUCCACUGGAAUCUGAUCUCAGCAUUCAUCCUCAGGAACGCUACCUGGUUCAUUGUCCAGCUGACCAUGAACCCAGCUGUUACCGAGAGCAACCAGGUGUGGUGCAGGUUGGUCACAGCAGGUUAUAAUUAUUUCCAUGUGACGAACUUCUUCUGGAUGUUUGGUGAAGGUUGUUAUCUUCACACGGCCGUUGUCCUCACUUACUCCACGGACAAGCUCAGGAAGUGGAUGUUCAUCUGCAUUGGCUGGGGUAUUCCAUUCCCAAUCAUUGUGGCGUGGGCCUUUGGGAAACUUUACUAUGACAAUGAGAAGUGCUGGUUUGGGAAGAGAGCCGGUGUUUACACGGACUACAUCUACCAAGGGCCCAUGAUCCUGGUCCUGCUGAUUAAUUUUGUCUUCCUGUUCAACAUCGUUCGGAUCCUGAUGACCAAGCUGAGGGCGUCAACCACCUCAGAGACCAUCCAGUACAGGAAGGCGGUGAAGGCGACUCUGGUGCUGCUGCCUCUGUUAGGAAUUACCUACAUGCUGUUCUUUGUGAAUCCUGGAGGGGAAGACGAAGUCGCUCAGAUUGUCUUCAUCUACUUCAACUCCAUCCUGGAGUCCUUCCAGGGCUUUUUCGUCUCAGUGUUCUACUGUUUCCUCAACAGUGAGGUGCGGUCAGCGGUCAGGAAGCGUUGGAUUCGUUGGCAGGACCGCAGCUCGUUCCGCAGCCGGGCGGUGCGCGCCACUUCACUACCAACAUCACCGAGCAGAGUGUCCUUCCACAGCAUCAAACAGUCCUCCAACCUCUGACACCUCAUCCAAUCACAGGCUGUGAUGUCAUUCCAAUUAGCCACUCAGAGGCUUCACUUUCAGUCAGGACCUGGUUACAACUACUAAUGGAUCAAAUUAGACUAGUCAAUCACAGUGCACGACACAGAUUUGUCGAGCCAAUCAGAGGGAGCCUCUGCCUGGCCCCACCCCUCUUUAUGUGAUGACCAAUCAUUGGACUUGACCAAUCAGCUGCUUACACAAAGUCACAGACAGUCGUGACGUCAGGCAGCUGAAGGUGUUCAUGAUCUGUGAUCAAGUUUAUUUAUUGAUUAGCUAUAUAUGAGCUAUAUUUGUCUCUAUUGCAAUAUUGAUUACUGAGCUGCCACCAGGAAGCGCUCCAACACACUGAAAAGGCCCUCUGAACAUUAUCUGAUGAAUAUCUGUUGUUCCUGAACUGUUCAACAUGACUGAAUUAUUAUUAUUAUUGUUGUUGCUGUUGUCAUUUUAUCAGAUCUCUGGGUGUUAAACAUCUAAAAUCAGUCAAAUUGUGAAACGGAAACUUUUAAUAAAAGCAAUUUGAUUCAAAUUCAUCACCUUCAAGUGAAACAGAACCGGUUCUGAUAAACUGAUCAGAGUGCCAGACGAUGUUGACGACUUAACAUUUUUUUGCACUUUAUUAUCUUUAAAAAAAGAUAAAUAAAUAAAUAAAAAUAUUAAUCAUUUAAUAUUUUUCACUUUGAUAAAAUGUUGCUGCCCAGGAGCAGAUUUAGUUUUUACUGAUCAGUAAUUUAAACUGUAAAUGGUUCUGCUCCUGUGGACCCGACCAACAGUGAUCAUAGUAACCAUAGAGUAGUUUGUACCUGUAGGUCACCUGGAGGGAAACACUCAGGGUGUGUGUGUGUGUGUGUGUGUGUGUGUGUGUGUGUGUGUGACUGUGUGUUGUAAAUAUUGAAUUUAUAAUAAAUCAGAUUAAAUUAAUUUAUAAUAGGAGAAGACUCAGUGAGACGAUGAGCACUCGUUUUGAUCACCAGUCUCACUGGGCCAGGUGGAGUUUAUUGCACAUGAUGUGACCCUGAUGUCUGAUAUCUAAUAAAUCAAUUCAUCAAUAUGAUCAGUGAUGUUUGUCUUUCCUCACAUUCUACUUCCUGUUUGUCCUGGAGAGAUCCUCCUCUUCUUACUUUGUAUUAUUUGAAAUACUUGGAUACUUUCAACCAUGUGGUACAUGCAGUGCAUAUCGC